AUUCAAGAUCCGGCAUUCGAUGCAAUUCGUGUGCAUCAGCUAGUACUGCGUUCACCAGCAACCGUCAUUCGCUUACCUCGACGCUUCAAAACAUGGCGGCAACAGUGUCCGAACUCUUGGCUAGCAGUCUCUAAGCAACUGGCGCCAAAAGUCGCUGCCAGCCAGCCGCCACUGCUGUCUUCUCGCUCGCUCACUCAGCCAGAGUACACAGUCGGAGUGAGUGUGUGCCCGGAGCAGAGCAGGACAGAUGAUAGUGGUUUUUCGCGCGCUGCCGUAGACAAGGACGGCCGAUCUCGUACACACACACACACACACCCACACAAUCGCGCGCGUUUCAGUCGUCGUGUGUUAAAGAGUUGUAUUGUUGAGUGCAGUAUGCGUGUUAUCGUGCUCCUGUGGCUGAUACACCCAGUGCUUGGCGGCACUAGGCCCGAGUAAACGUCGUCCUCGCCCGCAGCUUACUAUACUUUUCUCUCUCUCUCUCUCUCGCUCUCUCUCUGCACCGAGGAAGACGGAGGCAGAGUCAGUCACGCAUACUCUUACACACGCGUCGUAUGAACGUAUAUGCAGGCGCAGCAGCAGCAGCAGCAGCCAGUAAUAGCAUAAUACAAUACGCGCCGAGUGAGAAGGAACGAUAGAGAGAGAGAGAGAGGGAGCAAGAGGGGCUGCAAGAAGCGCCAGUGAGAAAGAGUCGUGCUGUGGUGAAGCUGAGAGAGAGAGAGAGAGAGAGAGCGAGUGCGUGCAGAGGCUGAAAAAUGCCGCCGAAGAAGCGGGAGAAGGAGCCGGAGGCGAUGGCUGCGUCAGGCCCAGGACAGAAGCAGCUGAAUACCCAGUCGACGGGCCAAUCGCAGACCCCGGCCAGGAUGGAUCAGAUACAGGCGGACCACGAGCUCUUCCUCCAGGCAUUCGAGAAGCCAACUCAAAUUUAUAGAUUUCUGCGAACUCGAAAUCAGAUGUCGCCAAUAUUCUUGUACAGAAACUUAACAUACAUGAGACAGCGCAUGUCUCGAACUCACAAAUCACGUCGAGGAUUUCGAAUCAAUUCUAUCCUCGAGAAAUUAAUGGCCAAGAACGAACAGGAACAGAAUAACGCAAUGCGCGGCUACAUGACACUCACGUUUUUAGGAUUUUACGACAAACAACUUGAGGCACCACAAGAUCCAGUAAAAGUAGAAACGCUUUUGUUAAAAAUAUGUCACAAGAAACGCAAAGAUGUCAGCUCUCCGAUAAUGCAGGUCUCAGUGGGUACUAGCGAAGUUCCGAUAAACCCUUCCGAAAAUCAACCGCCGUCGAAAGCUCCCACAGUAUCGAUACCCAAUGAAUCAUUUGGUUUAAACAAUGGUCAUGUAGCCAAGACGUACAUGCUUCUGCUUAGGGUUUACUGCGUAUCUAACAAUAGCUGCCUUCUGCAAAACUGUGAUGGAGAAGAACCACCUCAAAAACGUCGCAAGACAGCCAACGGCACUGCCAUGAAGGGUAAUAGCACCGAGGAAGUCAAACUUUACGGUUCUGAGCUGGUCGUAUAUGAUAAGCAUAAUCGCUGUCUGUUGACGGAUGGCGACUACGAGCUUAGUUUACAAGAGGUACAAACGAGCGUGAGGGCGAGUCCCAAGAAGCAUAGCUCUUGGGAGGUGAUACCCGAUAUCAAGGAUUGCGGACCUUUCGACGUAUUUGGCCGCGGUCCGACGCUUAAAUUUAGACUGAACUGGACCGCCGAACCCAGUAACGGUUUCGUGGACAGGCCUCCACCAAUCAACCCACUGCCUAGUGGCGAUAAUAAGGAAAAUCGGCCCGGAAACAACGGUUCAGAUAGGUGUUCAACUAACCUUAAUAAUAAUAAUACUAAUAAUAACAAUAAUACAACACUGCCAACACCUAGUCCACUUGUACCUUCGAAGAUUUCUGUAGCAAAUUCAGAUAAACUAGAGGCGUCAAAGGGCAACCAACAAAUCGUUUAUCAGUUUCUUUAUAAUAAUAAUAGUCGUCAACAAACGGAAGCGUGCGAGGACUUACACUGCCCUUGGUGUUCACUCGAUUGUGGAAGAUUGUAUUCGUUAUUGAAACAUCUAAAGCUGUGUCAUUCAAGAUUCACAUUCACAUACGUUCCCAUACCACAAGGUGCUAGAAUAAAUGUAGCUAUUAAUGAUUGCUAUGAUGGGUCUUAUGCAGGUAGUCCACAUGAAUUGGUUUCUCAGCCUUGCAAUGUCACAUAUUCUAGAACAGGACCCACUAGGCGUACUAGUGUAACAAAUAUCGUAGUAUGCCGACCCAAAAGACCAAAGCCAAGUCUUUCAGAAUUUUUAGAACUCGACGAAAAUGAAUUGGAAAAUUCGCGGCCUUAUAUCACCGGUCAUAAUAGGUUAUAUCAUCACACCGUUACCUGCUUACCAAUAUAUCCGAAAGAAUUAGAUGCCGAUUCUGAAGGUGAAAACGAUCCGAAAUGGCUUCAGACUAAAACCAUGAUGAUGAUCGACGAUUUCACAGAUGUAAAUGAAGGUGAAAAGGAGUUGAUGAAAAUGUGGAAUCUCCACGUAAUGAAACAUGGCUAUGUUGGCGAUUGCCAAAUUCCAUUAGCCUGUCAAAUGUUCCUUGAGAAGAAAGGCAAAGAGCUUCUCAUGAAAAACUUAUAUCGCAAUUUCGUUUUACAUGUGAGCAGUCUCUUUGACUUCGGUCUUAUCAGCCCUGUAAUUCUUUACCAAACUAUUCAAAAAUUACAAGAUUUAAUGAAAGAAGAAGGUGAGAACGGAGAUAUUCGUAAGGUAUUGCAGAAGUCACAUGCGGCUCAGGUGGAGCGAUGGAUUACGAAUGGUAGUCAAAAUUCGACAGAAUUCGUAAAAACAGCAAAUAUAAACCAAGCCAGUAAAGUCAAUUUCAACCAUGAUGGACUCACGAAUUUAAACGCAAGGCGAAAGACGACAUUACCAAUGGGCUCACCGCCAGGCAGCAAUCACAAUGGGAUGAAACACCCGAGUAUGAUGGCUACUAGCAAACCGAACGGCAAUGCGAAAGAUAACCAAAUGAACGGAGAACUAUUGCCAUCGAGGCGCAAAAGUACGAAUUCUGCGUAGCUUCUCGAAUGUUGUCGAUUUAUACGAGAGGAUGCGUAAAUCGGGUGUUUCUAUGACGAUUGUAUGGUUUUCUUUUAUUGAUAAUUACUCGAAUGUGCAACGUUGUUUUUUAUGUAGAGGAAAGAAUGGCUUUAUGCACUGAAUGUUUUAAAUGAAAAUUGAUGAUUGACAAUGAGAUAUAUGCAUGCAUGAGUUUAGAUUUUCAAAUUCUAAAGUAAUUAAACUUUUCGUUUUUUGCCGAAACGGAGUUUUACUUUCAAACAUAUGAUUUUGUUAACACUUUUAAAUAUCUAAACAAUUCGAUAUGGUGGAUAUUUUUAGUAUAUAAGUGUUUGUAAUUAAAACUAUUACAAAAGAUUUUUUUUUACUUUUUUUUUCAUUGCUUAUUAUUGAAUGAAACCCGUUAUGUUACAUGCAUGAAGAACAAGCGAUAAAAAUUAUUUUUAGCUUUUGAUUAGUUUUUUUUAAACUUUUGUUACAAUGACAAAUAAACUAUGGAUUAUUCUAUGAAAAAUGUUCUUGUUUGAAAGUAAAAUACCUCAAAGGCAGAUAAACAGAAGUUUAAGAUUUGGAUAUUAGCAUUUAACUUUAUUUUAACUUUGCUUUGAUUUACGAUAAAUAAAACAAAAAAUUUUAUUCGGAUAGUUUGUUAAAUUUACAUCAAAAUGAAGCAAUUUUUCUUAAUAUGUUUUUUUUAUAAAAAUAUGAGAAUUGUUGAAAAUUGUUUGAGUAAAUUUCAAUAACGAUACAAACGUCUGUAAAAUGUAACUAACAGUUAUUCUCGAAAAAUUAUAUCUGCGUAUACCAUCGAUCAUCGCGUUUACAAUUUUUUGUACAGUAUUUGUUGCAGAUAAUAUAAUUGCGAAGAAUUAUAUUACUAAUUAAUUGUCGUCGCCAUCUGCGGUAUAGUAUGUAAAAAACAGAAAAAUGUUCGUCACUGUUUGAUAUAGCUGUGUAGCAUGUUCUUUUAUAUUUGAAUCAAGUGUUUGGUGAGAUUUAUUUGCUAUCCUUUUUUUUAUUAUUUUCCUUGCUUGUUUAUCGUCGUCUGUUUAUAGCCAAAUCAUUCCAUCAAAAAUGAUGAGAGACUUAGACUCCUCUGCAAAAUUAUUGUAUUGUAAUAAGGUCUAUUCUUUCGAAAGUUCAAACUUGAAAGUUAUUAUUCAACUUUGGUAGUGUGAUGCUUUUAAUUCACUCUAGUCAACAAUAUUUGGAUACUAGCUUAGCCGACAAAAAUGAAACUACCACCGCUGGUAUCGAAUUUCAUAAAUUAAUUAAGCAGCACUGUACCUCAGGGACUGUCAAAGAAAAAAAGGAAAAGCAGUUUAAUUAACAUUCAAACAUUGGUUUUGGCUUUAUCAAAUUUAUAUAUAUAUAAUUGAAGCAAACGAGGUUGGCUCGAAUACUUAGUUCAUUAGUGAUGAAUAUUGAAAAGUCGAUUAGAACUUUGAAGAAAAAAAUACCUAAUUAUUUUUAAUGAAAAUGUUGGAAAAAAAAUAUUAUUCUUGCAUAGGAAAUCUUUUUAGACUUAAGAAAAUACCAAUUGGAUAAGUGAAAAAUAAAAAAAAAUAAUUAUGAAAUCUUAAUUUAUAUAUAACUCACGUUCGUUCUAGUAGAAAGAACAUACACAUUGUAAAUGCCGAACACUUAAUUUAAGUAUUGGAGUGAAUUGACAGAAUGAAAGUGCCUUUAUAAAAUCCAAGAUCGUCUGAUAAUCCGUAUAGGACCGGACGGCAGCGUGACAGCAAUUGUGAAUCGAUAACGCGACUUAAUUCUUUUAGCGUUUGUAGAAAAAUCACGCUUUGUAUAAAUGAUAAGUAUAGAGUUGAAAAUUCAUGUACAAUUUUCUCCUUUUUAAUAGUGAAAAUUCAUGAUUGCCGUUAUUGUCGACCGUCGAAGUAUCUUAAAUCGAGUCUUGGAUAUUCUCUCAGACGUUUCAAUGCUGCUUAGAAAGAUCACGUAUGAUGUUAAUGAUCAUUAUUACAAUGUAUUCGCGUAUAACAUGCAAUCAUUUUUGUCGACAGUUGUCUCAAGAAACUGCCCAAGCAAUAUAUAUCCAUACUUUGAUUUAGUGGAUGAGCUGCACGUUUUGUUCUCGAUGAAACAUGUAUUAGAUUUUUUUUAGAUUUUUACGGGACACGGCAAGGAUGCUGGUUUUCUUGCGACUGAAUAUACGCAAAUGUUUUUUUUUUCUGUUGUUGAUUUUUAUACAAAGCUAUUGCGUUGCUCAAAUUAUAUCAUUGACAACAAUGACAGAACAACAAAAAGCAUAUUCUUACGGCAACUGUGACAUCAUUGUCCAUUAUUAUUACUGUUUACAUUAAGAUGUAUAUAGUAAACAAUUUUCAAUAAAAAUCUGUGAACGAAAACCCA